ACAGAAUGAGUAAAUUAUUUACCGAGCGACCGACAUUUCGGAAACAGGCACUCCCAUUUCUUGAAAAUAUUGAAUAUUUACAGCGUUUUUGGCAUCGAACAACUGCUAAAUGUUGCAGUAUGAUUACAAGGAACUAAGAAUUAUAUAAAUUUUUCCAACAGAACAAUGUCUACGCUAUCGAGAGCGGUUCACGUCAGCCAGCAGAAGCUGGCUGAGAAACUAAUCAUUCUAAAUGACCGCGGGAUCGGAAUGCUUACUCGCAUUUACAACAUCAAAAAGGCUUGCGGAGAUGCCAAGUCCAAACCUGCCUUUCUCUCUGACAAGACCUUAGAAUCUUCAAUCAAGCAUAUCGUCAGGAGAUUUCCAAACAUUGACGUGAAAGGACUUCAAGCAAUAACAAAUCUACGCAAUGAGAUAAUUAAAUCUCUGUCACUGUACUAUUACACCUUUGUGGAUCUUCUAGACUUCAAGGAUAAUGUUUGUGAACUAUUGAAUACAAUGGAUGCUUGUCAAGUUACUCUGGACUUAACCCUCAACUUUGAAUUGACCAAAAAUUACCUGGACCUUGUAACAACUUAUGUUGCACUUAUGAUACUUCUGUCCCGAGUGGAAGACCGCAAAGCUGUACUCGGGCUAUUCAAUGCUGCCCAUGAAAUGCUGCACAACCAAAUUGAUCCAAGCUUCCCUAGAUUGGGUCAAAUGAUUGUGGAUUAUGAUGCACCACUGAAAAAGUUGUCUGAAGAAUUCAUGAUACACCAGAAAGUGCUGUCCAGUGCUCUGAACUCUCUGUGGCAUGUGUACCCUGCCCGGAACCUGACCGCCGAGCACUGGAGGUCCGAGCAGAAGCUGAGCCUUGUGAGCAACCCUGCACAGCUACUGAAGCCAUCAGAGACCAACACUAUGUCUUGUGAAUAUGUUUCACUUGAAUCCUUAGAGAGAUGGGUCAUCUUUGGCUUUGUCAUAUGUCAUCAAAUGCUGCAGCAAGAUCACGCUAACAAGAUGUGGGUGAGUGCCCUGGAAUCAGGAUGGGUUGUGGCUCUCUUCAGGGAUGAGGUCAUUUAUAUCCACUCCUACAUACAAGGCUUCUUUGAUGGCAUAAAAGGCUAUGGUAAAAGAAUUUCUGAAGUAAAGGACUGCUACCACCAUGCAGUUCAGAAAGCUGGCUAUAAGCAUAGAGAGAGAAGAAAGUUCUUGAGAACAGCACUGAAAGAACUAGGACUGAUACUGACUGAUCAACCUGGGUUGUUGGGUCCUAAAGCCCUACUGAUAUUUAUUGGACUCUGCUAUUCAAGAGAUGAAGUGUUUUGGCUGUUGCGGCACAAUGAUAACCCUCCACAGAAAGUGAAAGGCAAGGCUGCAGAGGACCUGGUGGACCGGCAGCUGCCCGAGCUGCUGUUCCACAUGGAGGAGCUGCGAGCCCUGGUGCGGAAGUACAGCCAGGUGAUGCAGCGGUACUAUGUGCAGUAUCUGUCUGGAUAUGAUGCUGUAGCUCUUAAUUUAAUGAUACAAAACUUACAAGUAUGUCCAGAUGAUGAGAGCAUUAUUUUGUCGUCUUUGUGCAAUACCGCUGCCACCCUAAAUGUGAAACAAGUUGAGGACAAUGAAUUGUUUGACUUCAGAGCUUUCCGUUUAGACUGGUUCAGAUUGCAAGCUACUACUUCAGUUGGAAAAAGUCCUCUCAGUCUAGUAGACCAGAGGGAACUGGCCCAGUUUAUAGAUAAAAUGGUAUUUCACACUAAGAUGGUUGAUAAUCUGGAUGAAAUAAUGGUAGAAACAUCAGAUUUGUCACUGUUUUGCUUCUAUAGCAAAAUAUUUGAAAGCCAAUUCCAUUUGUGCCUGGAAUUUCCAGCACAGAACCGCUACAUUAUUGCAUUCCCACUGAUUUGCAGCCACUUCCAAAACUGCACACAUGAAUUAUGUCCAGAAGAGAGACAUCAUAUCAGAGAGAGGAGCUUGUCCGUGGUCAAUAUAUUCUUGGAUGAAAUGGCAAAAGAGGCAAAGAAUAUUAUAACUACAAUUUGUGAUGAACAAUGCACAAUGAGUGACAAGUUGCUGCCCAAACACUGUGCACAGACUAUUGCUCAGCUCGCAAACAGGAAGAAGAAGGAUAAAAACAAGAAGAACAAUGUAGAAAUGGCUAAACCGGGAGCGGAGAGCUACAGAAAGACUCGCGAAGAGUUGACAACAAUGGACAAACUCCACAUGGCACUGACUGAGCUUUGCUUCGCGAUCAACUACUGCACCACCGUCAAUGUGUGGGAGUAUACAUUUGCGCCGCGCGAGUACCUUCACCAACACCUGGAGACAAGGUUCUCUAAGGCCUUAGUGGGCAUGGUCAUGUUCAACCAAGACACCAGCGAAAUUGCCAAACCAUCUGAGUUACUGGUAAGUGUGAGGGCUUACAUGAAUGUGCUGCAAACUGUAGAGAACUAUGUACACAUUGACAUUACUCGAGUAUUCAACAACUGCUUGUUGCAACAAACUCAAGCCAUGGACAGUCACGGAGAAAAGACAAUGGCGUCGCUCUACACUCAGUGGUACUCCGAGAUAUUGCUGAGGCGCGUCAGUGCCGGCAACAUUUGCUUUUCCAUGAACCAGAAAGCAUUCGUCAGUUUGACACCGGAAGCAGCUAUUCCGUUUAAUGCGGAAGAGUACUCCGACAUAAACGAGUUACGGGCACUUGCCGAACUGAUCGGUCCUUACGGAAUGAAACUGCUGAGCGAAACACUGAUGUGGCACAUCGCGAGCCAGGUGCAGGAGCUGAAGAAACUCGUCAUCCAAAACAAGGAAGUGCUCCAAAUGCUGCGAACCAAUUUCGACAAGCCGGAAAUAAUGCGCGAGCAAUUUAAACGGCUGCAGCACGUCGACAACGUUUUGCAGAGGAUGACGAUCAUUGGCGUAAUUCUGAGCUUCCGGCAAAUAGCGCAGGAGUCGUUGCUCGACGUGUUGGAGCGGCGGAUUCCGUUUUUGAUAAGUUCAAUAAAGGACUUCCAGCAGCAGCUGCCGAGCGGCGACCCCAUGCGCGUGAUCCUGGAGAUGUGCUCGGCGGCGGGGCUGCCGUGCCGCGUGGAGCCCACGCUCACCUCCGCGCUGCGCCAGAACAAGGCGGACUCGGAGGACGAGGAGCACCUCGUGGUGUGCCUGCUCAUGGUGUUCGUCGCCGUCUCCAUCCCGAAGCUCGCUCGCAGCGAGAGCUCCUUCUACAGACCUUCGCUCGAAGGCCACUCGAACAAUAUACACUGCAUGGCGUUGGCAGUCAACCACAUCUUUGGCGCAUUGUUCACUAUCUGCGGCCAGGGCGAUAUCGAGGACCGUAUGAAGGAGUUCCUCGCCCUGGCCUCGUCCUCCUUGCUGCGUCUAGGCCAGGAGACCGACAAAGAAGCUACUAAGAAUAGGGAAUCUGUGUAUCUCCUCUUGGACCUGAUAGUCCAGGAGUCACCAUUUUUGACCAUGGAUCUACUUGAAUCAUGUUUCCCGUAUGUCUUGAUACGUAAUGCUUAUCAUGAAGUAUACAAACAGGAACAGUUACUUUUACAUUCGUAAGGAAAGAUAAUUUUAACAUUUCCAUUGAUCCCGCCUGCAUCUUGCAUUGUUUUGUUUAUUAUGUUAUAGAAGUACCUAUUUCAAAGUAUAAUUAUCGGUAUGAUGAUGUACCUAAUAUUUAAACUGAUGUAGUUUUAAGAAAAAAGUAUCGCUAGGUUCAUUAGACUAUCUACGCACCUCAUUUACUUUAGUGGUUAAUGUUCAUUUUCAUUAUCUAUUAUUCUUUUACCUACAUAGUUAGUAUUUUAUCACAUAAUAUGCCUUGGUUCCGUAACCUUUAGACUCAUGAACUCUCGUUGCAAAAUUUCCAAAAAAAUCAUGAAUUCAUGCAUUAUUUUAUUUAUAGUUAUAUUAAUACUAACAUACAUUAUAUUGAAUAGGAUAACUUUUUGUAUUCAAGGAAUUGACCUAUUUUCAUUAUAGACUUACAUUGUACGUCUGUAGGUAAUUAGUUAUAUAAUUGCCUAAAUUUGCUUUAAAAAAUAUGCAUUUGUAAUCCAAAUUAGUUUAAGCUUUGUACACCGUGCUUUAUUAGUAAGUUGUUGAGUUGCAGUAUCUCACAUUUAUUUAAACCCGUAUAAGCACAUGAUUUAUAUAAAAAAACUGAUUUAAGCCAAGUGUAAUCGUUUAAAAGGAGUACCCAUUUAUAUGACCACCUAUACAUGAAAUAGCCCUUUGUAAAACUUUAAUGAUUUGUAAAUAAACUAAUAUAAUUAA